AUGACCACCGCUAGUAACAGCAACGUAACCACUUAUUCUAAUAAACUGGAAUCUGCUAUUUUUAAUAUAAAACAGCAAACCAUAUUAAUGCAAAGAUGCUUAACUCAAUCCAGGCUAAUGGAUGCAUUUAAAUACACCUCAGCAAUGUUGACUGAGCUAAGAAACCCAAAUCUAUCACCAAAGCAAUAUUAUGAACUAUACAUCAUGAUCUAUGAUUCAAUGACCAUUCUAUCGCAAUAUCUAAUAGAUAAUCACCCAAAAAAACAUCAUUUAACUGAUCUGUACGAAUUGGUCCAAUAUGCAGGUAAUAUUCUACCACGUUUAUAUCUAAUGAUCACUGUAGGCGCCUCCUUUUUGACCAUUCCCAAUAGUCCUAAAAUUGAAAUAUUAAAGGAUAUGAUUGAGAUGUGUCGUGGUGUACAACAUCCGAUCAGAGGUUUGUUUUUACGUUAUUAUUUGAUGCAAAGAACAAAAUGGUUUUUUGAUAACGUUGACGAUAAUGCCGCUGAAAGUGAAUUGAAGAUGUUUAAAAUAGACUUUAUUACAACCAACUUUAUUGAAAUGAAUAAAUUAUGGGUUAGGUUACAACACCAAGGACCUUUAAGGGAAAGGGAUUUGCGGACUAGAGAGCGUAAGGAAUUGCAAGUUUUAAUUGGCGCUAAUUUAGUUAGAUUGUCGCAGACGAUUACUGAUAAGGAUGUUGAUAUUUAUUCCAAUAAUAUAUUGCCACGUAUUUUAGAACAGGUUAUUCAUUGUAGAGAUGUGGUUUCCCAAGAGUAUUUAUUGGAUGUUAUAAUUCAGGUUUUCCCCGAUGAAUUACAUUUGAAGACUCUAGAGCAACUUUUAAAUUGUACUUUGCAAUUGUCGCCUAAAUCGGCAAUUAGUAAAAUUAUAGUUUGUUUAAUUGAAAGAUUAAACAGGUAUAAAAACAGGGAAAGUGAUGAUGAAGGAAGAGAGUUCGAUGUUUCCGCUGCUAUUCUGAAUAAUGAUAAAGGCACUGGUAUGUUUUUCACUUUUUGGAAGUAUCUAAAUACUUUGGAUGAAGAAAGACCAGAUUUGCCCUUAAAAGAAUUUAUUUUAUUAGUUAAUGCCUUAUUAAAGUUGACAAUUUCGUGGGACGCAACCAAUGUUAGUAAUAUUGAUAGCUUGUUUAAAUUUAUGCUAGAAAAACAAAAAGAUUAUCCUUCAAGUCAAGAAAACAAUUUGAUGUACAAGCAAUUGUUAUCGCUAAAUAAAUUUACGAAGUACACUGCUAUAAAUAAUAAUAAUAAUAAUAAUAAUAAUAAUAAUAAUAAUAAUAAUAAUGAGGGAAAGCUUUGUGUGGAUAAGAAGGAGAACUUAUUUUUUAAUAUUAUAACUAAAUGUAAUUAUUAUGGCUGUUUUCUACUAGGUUUAAAAAAUAAGGAUAUUAAGCUAGAAAUUUGCUGUGAUAUUUUGACUGCAUUAUUUGAGUUGAACCAGCUACAACCAAAUGUAUUUAGACUUACGGAAAAAAAUGAAAUAAACCAAUUUUUACAGAUAUGUGAACCCAUAUUAAGUAUCGAGGACAAAAGUAAUGCAAUAAACUUGGAGAAAAUUGCUAAACUCAUCCAUUUAAUUUAUAAUGUCUCCAUUGAUGAACAUUAUGAUUUGUUAACUUCAACACAUCUGUGGAUAAAUGCCAAAAAUUCCGGGAAUAGCAUUAAUAGCAUCAGUUUUGCUAUUUUUCCAUCCUUAAUCACCAACUAUUGGAAGCUAAUUAGGAAAUUGUAUAAAAUGGAAAAAUAUCAAGGCAAACAAAUGUUAUUGAAACAAAUGUUUAAGUCAAUAGCCAGAUGCGUUAACGAUAUUAAUGAAGAAAGGGAAUUGAUGAAUAGACCAAACAACCAGCAACAACAGUCUAGUGACAAUAAUAACAGUAACAUCGAUUUAGCCUUUAAAUUAAAUAUUCAAACCGCUGCAUUGGCCGAUCAGCUGAAGUUAAACGAAAUUUCGUAUGAUUUUUUCACACAGGCCUUUAUAAUUUUUGAAGAUGCCUUGACUGAUUCCCAAACACAAUCUCAGCGUAUACUGUAUAUGGCCCAAGCUCUACAAAAAUCAAGAAACUUGUAUAACAAGAAUGGUACCGCCAAUAACUCCUAUUACGACAAUCUAAUUACAAGAUGUACAUUACAUGGUUCUAGACUAUUGCAAAAACCAGACCAAUGUAGGGCAGUAUAUUCGUGUUCCCAUUUGUGGUGGGCUACGGAGUUGCCAACAUUGGGUGAAGAAGAAGGCGUUACACAAAAUUUUUAUAGAGAUGGCAAAAGGGUAUUGGAAUGCUUGCAAAGAUCGUUGAGGGUUGCAGACUCGGUCAUGGACAAUGUCUCUGGAUGCGAAUUGAUGGUCGAAAUAUUGAAUGUCUGUUUAUAUUAUUUCAUUCACGGAGAAUCUACCCAUAUUACCGUUAAAUACAUUAAUGGUUUGAUCGCAUUGAUUAAGACUAAUUUACAGUAUUUAGAAAGAGAAAGCAAACAAAUUAGUGAAUAUGAAGGAAAUGGUGAUUUUGUAGAUGGUGUUGCUAGGAAAGAAGAAAGAAAAGAAUUGGAACAACAAAGAGAGGGAGAAGAAGAAACAGAAUCUAUGGAAGAAGGAAGAGGGGGAUCACAACAACAAUUUUCUAGAGAAAACUUGACAUCAAAUAUUGGCUAUUUUGGUACGAAUUCGGCACUUUCUUCUUCCAAAAGCGGUGCUACGAUUGUAGAAGAUAAUGGGGCCAUCUCUGUGGAUGGUCAUAGUAGCAUCACCAACGGUAAGACUAACAAGUAUUGUGGUAAUAUAAACUUUGGUAUUGACGGUUCUAUUAUAAUUGACAAUAGUUUGAAUCAAAAUGUAAACGCCUCUACAAAUUCAAAUACUCCGCCUGUUGUUAAUUUAACCAUAUUAUUGAAGGAUAAUCAAUUUCAAAAGGCUUAUAAUAAGAUACCGGAACAGUUUUUCAAAAGGACAUUAUUAUACAUUAAAGAUCAAAGAAAAGUUGACGAUCGUUUCAAGUUGAUUGUAUUAUAA